AUGGCUCGUGAUAGCACCAUAUAUUCAGUUGCACUGAUUGCAGCAACCAUGACAUUGCUAAUCACCCCAGGAAUUGCACACGAAGCCCUUGGGGGCCUCCUCGGGGGCUUAGGGGGCGCCCUCGGUGGACUAGAGGGCCUCGGAGGACUAGGAAAUGAUCAGUGCCUAUCAUCUCUUAUUGGUGUCAAUGGGUGUAUACAAGAAGUUAUAAUGUCUGCUCUGAGCUUUCAAUUCGGAUUGAUCGGUCCGGCGUGUUGUCAGGCGGUGGUGGACAUUGAUGAUAAUUGUUGGCCUAAGGUGUUGCCUCUGAGUCCAUUGCUACCACUUAAGAACUAUUGCGUACGGCUAGUUCCAAUAUUGCCCGUACCAUCACGAGCAAAAUAA